CGCCAUGCCCCCGGCAAGCCCCCAGCCAUGCCCCCGCCCUGCUCUGGCCAUGCCCCCGCCAUGCCGCCGGCUGCUUCUUCGGUCCGCUCGGUCGGCCCGAGCUUUAACCGGACCGGACCGGCCGAUUUUCGGUCUUGUUUUGAGGGACCGGACCGGCCGAUUUUUUUGUCGGGCCAGGACCGAGCCAGCCCGGACCGAGCGGGCCACGAGCCGGUCCAAAAGACCGCUCGUGCCGUCCACCCUCGAAGAUGCUCUGGGUCGUGGAGCAAAUCCCCGCCAGGGAGGUCAUGCCUCCCCUUCCACGUCCGAUUGGGCUUCCCCACCCCAUGUUGCGGUCGCGGAUGAUCAUGUACGUGUGGCGGAACAUCCACGGGGAACUCAUCACCCGCGGCUCGUUCGUGUUCAGUGGGAGGUCCGUGUUCCGCCUGAGGAAGCGGCUAGCCAGGCGGCUGGGCGCCAUGGCAAUCUUGGACGACUCUGAACUCGUCAUGGGCCUCCCCACACGUGAUGGCCGGAUGUUUCCACUCGUCGUCGACCUGGCCAGCAGCGGCGAGACCCUCCACAUCUUCGUCGUCAUCGUCGGGACGCCUGCCCACGCGGCGCUGCGGUACGCGGAUGUCGAUGCAGAGUAGAGAGAUGCCCCUAGAAGUCGCCUUCCUGUCCACCUCUUCAGAAGUGUCGCUGCCUCGGACACGACGUCAUAAGAACCCAGUUCCUUUCAUAGAGAUAUGGGUUCAGGAAAACCCAGCAGUUCAUGUGUUCCUGCUACUUAAACUUGGUUUGUUCUCCUGACAGUAGGAAACCUAUUUGCUUUGCCAUCACGGUUCUAAAAUUCUGAAACUGUUUGUACAAUGAUGCAGUGGCAUUGGUCUGUAAUGCGUUGACAAUGGCUACUACUUAAUUGUUGUUAGCCGCGUUUCUCUUAGAUGAAGAGCAGAUGUGGUGGUUCUUGCAGUGAGUUGAGCACUUGAGUUUUGUUA